UAGAUUGGUUACAUUCCAUAAUAUAUUUGGUAUUUUGGGUUUCAAAUUAUCGAAUCUUCAUUCUUCUCCUAUUGCCAUUGCUGUAAUCUAAGUCUACACUUAUUUAACGUCCACGCCGUGCACUUGUGUAGUUUUUAAACGUAAAUAGAUACGGUUUCGUUAUGGCUACCAAAGAGGAAUUGCAUAUUUCUGCACUCGUUUAUGAUUAUCUAUUAAAGAAGGAUUUAUCACUUGCGAAAGUUUUUCAAAAAAAAACAAAUGCGCCUACACUUACAAAAGGAUGUCCUACGAUUAUGGAAGUUUUUCAGUAUUUUCAGAAAUUUUCAUGUAAAAAAAUUUCUGUAAAAAAUAUAAAACAAGUUAAUAGUUCAGAUUCAAGCUCAGAGAGUGAAGAAGAAGUGGUUAAGCAGCCUAAUUUCAUUAAUGGUAGAAGUUUAGCAAAACAAUCAAAUGGUAGUGGUAAAAAUGAAGAAUCUUCAUCAGAAUCUUCAGGUCAAGAAAAAAUAAUGAUUACUAAAUCUGAUAACCAGAAAACCCAAGCAACAAUUAAAUCAUCAAAUAAAGUAGAAUCUUCAACAGAUGAUUCUUCCAGUGAAAAUGAAACCAUAGUUUCUAAGCCUGUUAUUACAAAGGUACCAGUAAAAACUGAAAUAAAAUUAAUUUCUAAGGCAUCAGCAACUAAAACAGAAUCUUCAUCAGAGGAUACGUCAAGCCAAGAUGAGACUAUAAUUGAUAGACCUACACAAAAAGUAAUAACUAAGGCUCCAUUAAAAAAAACAGAAUCAUCAUCAGAGGAUUCUUCAAGUGAAGAAGAAACUCCAUCCUCUAAACAUAUUACUCAGAAGACAUCACUCAAAACUACAGUAAAACCUAUUUCUAAAAUAUCACCGAAUAAAACAGAAUCUUCAUCAGUAGAUUCUUCUAGUGAAAAUGAAAUACCAUCAAUUACACCUACCGCUCAAAAGGUAUCAGUCAAGUCCAUAGUAAAUUUACCUGGUAAGAUACCAACAACAAAAGCAGAAUCAUCGUCAGAAGACUCUUCUAGUGAAGUUGAAAAUUCACAUGCUAAAUCUAUUGUUCAGAAAACAAUUAAAUCAAUAGUAAAGACACCUGUCAAGACAUUAGCCAAAAAAGAACAAUCGUCAGAAGAAUCUUCUAGUGAGAAUGAAAAACAAGGAGACAAAUCUUUAUCUCAUAUUAAAUCUAUUGAUAGAAAGAUAGAUUCUUUAGACAGUGAUUCAGAUAGCGAUAAAAAUACAAAAAAGGACAUUAAAGCAUCAAUAAAGAAAGAAUCAUCAAAUUAUGAUUGUUCAAAAGUUGAAAAAUGUAUGGUUAAAUCUUCGUUAACAAAAAUACCUGUAAAAUCAGUUGCUAAAAGUAAUGUAAAAACAUCCAUAUCUAAUAAUAAAAGUAACUCUUCUGACAGUGAAGAGUCUUCUGAAAGUAUACUACAGAAACAAUCUUACAAUAAAAAAGAUAGUGAUGAAAUAUCAAAAUCUAAAUCUACUUCUGCAAAAUUAGCCACUAAAAUAAUUAUUAAAAAACAAACAUCAUCUACAGAUGACAGUAGUAGUGAUGAACCACCUAUCAAAAAAAUUGCAUUAUCUGCCAAAUCUUCUAAAGUAAAAACGAACCAAAAUUCUUCAAGUGAUGAUUCUAGUGAUGACUCUAAUGAUAAUCCAAAAGUAGCAAAUGUUAAAUCAGUCAAAGCACCAACAAAAAUUACUAACAAUUCAAAAACAGUAACCAAAAAUUCUUCAAAUAAUGAUUUUGAAGAAUCAAUUGAGAUAAAACAUAUGAAUUCACCAACAAAAAAUAAUUUCAAUUCUAAUCCAUUUAAACCUGGUAAACGAAAAUAUCGUAAUGAUGCAAAUAAUCUAGAAAAUGGAGAAAAGGAUGAUGAAGAUGAAAAUGGAAGCUUUAAAAGAUAUAAUGGAAAUAAUUUCCGUCAUAAUGAGGGUAAUCGAAGUGGUUUUGGUACUGGUCGUGGGAGUGGUAGUUUCGGCGGUAAUCGUGGUGGUAACUCUCGUGGAGGUGGCUUCAAUGGCGGUCGCGGAGGAGGUUUCAGUGGUGGCCGUGGAGGUGGUUUUAGAGGUGGUAGAGGGAGUCGUGGGAGUGGCUUCAGAGGUGAUCGUGGAGGUGGCAGGGGAGGUGCUUUUGACAAUAGAAGAUCUUGGGGCGGUAAUGAUAGCCGAAGUAAAACAAGGGGUGAUGGAUUUAGAAAAUCGUGGGGUGAUAAUAACGAUCGAAAAAGCUUUGAGAACAAUAACGCAAAACCACAGAAUAAUAAAAUUACCUUUGAUGAUUGAACACAGAAAGAGUAAUACAUAUUAUUUUAGGAAAGGUGCAAGAGGAUCUUGGGGCGAAAAAGCAAAUUUGGACUUGAAAUUCACGAGAGGUAAAUCUUUUCGCC